AACGACUUCGAUUCUGAUAUUGGGUGCCGUCUUCAGUUGCCGCAUAGAAAAAGCCCAAUCCCAAUUCCAAACCCUAAACCUAACCCUAACCCUAACCCUCGAUUUCGAGACCUCUGUCUGAUUCACUCCGUACCAAUGGCGAGGAAGCGCAAGCUGGUGUCCAGCUCCUCCAACGAGCCUGCCAAGAAGCAGCAGCAGCAACAACAAAAGGUAGUCGAGGAAGUAGUCGAGGAACAGGUUGAACACAAAGAAGUCGAAGAAGAGGAAGAACGCAAGGAAGUCGAAGAAGAGGAAGAACGCAAGGAAGUCCGGGAAGAAGAAGAAGAAGAGUACGAAGAAGUUGAAGAAGAAGAAGAAGAAGACGAAGAAGAAGAAGAAGAUGACGAUGAUGAAGAGAAAGGGGACGAAGAAGGGACCGGUGAAGAAGCAAAGACUGCCAAUGACCUUAAUCAGACGGCCGAUGAUGACGAAGAACCGAUCGAGAAGCUUCUGGAACCAUUCGGAAAGGAACAGCUUGCCUAUAUCCUUCGCGAAGCGGCGGAGAAGCACCGCGACGUGGCGCACCGGAUCAAGGAGAUCGCCGAAGAGGACCCGGCCCACCGGAAGAUCUUCGUCUACGGACUGGGAUGGGACACGACCGCCGAGACCUUGACGAGCGUCUUCAAGGAGUACGGAGAUAUCGAGGAUUGCAAGGCCGUCUGUGACAAGGUCUCGGGGAAAUCCAAAGGCUACGGCUUUAUCCUCUUCAAGACUCGUUCCGGUGCUCGCAAAGCCCUAAAAGAGCCUCAGAAGAAGAUCGGAAAUCGGAUGACGUCUUCCCAGCUGGCGUCGGUGGGCGUGGUCCCCGCCGCGGCUUCUGCGCAGCCGCAAGGGCCGUCGUCGGAGUACACGCAGAGGAAGAUUUACGUGAGCAAUGUCGGAGCGGAGCUUGAUCCGCAGAAGCUAACUGUUUUCUUUUCCAAGUACGGAGAGAUUGAGGAAGGGCCGUUAGGGCUCGAUAAGGCCACCGGGAGGCCAAAAGGGUUCUGUUUGUUCGUUUACAAGACGGUGGACGGCGCGAGGAAGGCUCUAGCUGAGCCCCACAAGAAUUUCGAGGGCAACAUUUUGCAUUGCCAGAAGGCAAUUGACGGCCCGAAGCCGGGAAAAUCCCAUCAUAAUCAGCACCAUCACCACAAUCAGAGGAACAAGAAUCCAGGGUUCGGUGGGGCCCAGCCCGGGCCAGCGGUGCCGGGGCAUUUGAUGGCGCCAGCAGGGCCUGGAGGGUUUACCCAGGGAGCUGCGGCGGCUCAGGCUUUGAACCCUGCACUCGGGCAAGCGAUAACAGCGUUGCUUGCAUCGCAGGGUUCUGGUAUGGGGCUGACUAACUUGUUGGGAACGUUGGGGUCUGCUGCUGGUGUGGCGGCUCCAGGUGUGGCUGGACCCGGGCAAGUUAUUCAGCCUGCUUAUGGAAAUCAGGCCAGUAUGUAUGGGAAUCAAGGAGGAAUGCAGGGCGGGUAUCCAAAUCAGCAGAUGGGACAGGGCGGGACUGGAAGAGGGCAAGGUGGUGUUGGGCAGUAUGGUGGUGCUCCAGCAUAUAUGGGACACUAGGUUCGCCCAGAUCCCACAUAGGUGCAUCAGUCUUUUUGUACUGGUUUGCUGAUUCUUCUGAAGUUUAAGGAGCUGAUGGUUAUUGCAAAGAGCAGAAUCUUAAAACAUUUUAUCAAAUUUAUGUUUUAUCAUCUCGUAUUUCUUAGCCUUUUUAUUUUUCUCCUUUGAAAUAUUGUAGUUUUCUCUUGUUUAAAAGCUAAACCAUUUCAGUACUUGGAACUUCUAAGCAUAUAUUUGUGUACCCCAAGAAGUCAAUGAGCUUGAACAAAAAUGCUUUUUGAAAAUUCCAAUGCCAUGGCAUGGAUUAUAUAAUAUUUUGUAUAAUUUUUCUUCCCCUGCCA